ACCUCCCCUCCUACUGUGCCAUUUCUCCCCCUCCUACCCCCCUCCCAAUUGUCGCUGUACCCUGAGCUUGCAUAUUGCCCCCUUGCCUCUCCGCCUAACCCUUCUCCUCUCUUGUGCUCUUUUAUGCUGCUUCGCACGCUCUCACCACCAUCAGCCAACUACGACCUCCCGGACGUGCCAUAAUAUUGGGGGACUUUAUACACUCUCCGAUACCUUAAACCCUGGCCUGCCUGACGCUGUGCUCCCAUCCACUUCAUUCUACCGCGCCGUAUCUCCACAAAAAGCCUCGCCAUACCUUACAGUAUCCUCGCUCGAAGCCUCGAGCAUCCGGGAAUCAUCGUCACUGACUCUCGGCCCCCAAAUCGAGGAACAAUCCUUGCCUCGAGAGGCAGAGCUUAUUCCAGCUCAAUCCUUCCUAGUGACCUCUAUUUCUCACUCCCUAUCCCUAAUUCUGCUGGGGGGCUCCAAAAAAUAGGGUAAGGAAGGACAAUAGGAGCUGAUUGUGUAGAACCUAGUUGUUUCUCGUUUUCGCCCUACAGGUGCCUCUCCUCGCACCUUGCCCCGACCCAUUUCCUAUCAUACCUACUCCACACACCCACCCUUCCACCCCAACCUCACCGCUCCUUACUUACCUUGCCCGCAUUUCCUCUCCAUAUCAUCGCUCGUUUCCUCCACCCUACAUCUUCCGAUAGGCAUUCUAGAAGCCCUCGUUCCUUCCUCCGGAAACGGGACAGCGUUAAUCAAAUCCUGUCCAUCAAACGAGACUUGACCUAAGGGCUUCUGUCGACCUUACCUUCUCUUUUGGCUACGUGCUACACAACUCACUCGCUCAACUCCUCCCCUUUCACCUACCUACUCUUAUAGGAACGUCUAUCCGACAAACUCACGGAUCAGACAAAGGACCUUAAGCAGACAUACACAUCUGACCUCAUUCUCUCUCUCUCAAGGAACUCCCGUACGAAAUUCACCAAUUCUGGCGUCGAUAUCAGUCAGUGGUUGGAAGUCAUGGGGAACAGCAGUGGAAAGCCUGUUGUCUUCACGGAAGAGGGUUCGUUCUUCUUCUUCCCCUUUCCCCACACAACCCCAAUUCUCGCGUGGGAAAAACGUUGUCUUCGAUCGCAGAUCGAGAACAACUUUAUUUUAUUUUUUUGCUCCGUCUUAUUUAUUUUUUUCGUCCGCUCGACCGCAAUCCCCCCGCCGAGUUUCUCUUGGGGGAUGAGAUGCGAUAAAGUGAAAUGGUGAAUAUGGAAUUAGAGACUGACGUGGAGGAUAAUUGUACUAGUGAACCUCAAUCACUUCCGGCUGCUGCGCGUUGUGGGAAAAGGGGCGUUCGGAAAGGUUAGGAUUGUGGAGAGGAGAGAUACCGGCUUGACGUUCGCCCUUAAGUAUAUACGGAAAGAUGAAGGUUUGUUUUCUCGCAUGAGGCUUGGGUCGGGUGAUGGAGUGGACGGGGAGGCGGGGAGGCUAGAGUUGGACGAUUUGCUGAUUGGGCUUUUGGUUACUACUAGUUGUUCGAUCGGAGAGUGUUCGGAAUAUAAUACGGGAGAGGCGAAUGUUGGAGCAUUUGAAUCACCCUUUCCUUUGCAAUCUCCGUUAUAGUUUCCAGGAUAUCGAGUAUCUGUAUGUGCUAACAUUCUUCCCCCCACCUGCCCCACUAUCGAUAGGUGUGAUAGCUGAUACAUAUUUCUGGCUAUAGAUAUAUUGUUGUUGAUUUGAUGAAUGGCGGGGAUUUACGGUUCCAUAUUUCCCGGAAGACGUUCACGGAGGAAGCUGUGAGAUUUUGGAUCUCAGAGCUGGCGUGUGCUUUGCUUUACAUUCAUGGAAGGGGUAUAGUUCAUCGUGAUGUUAAGCCUGAUAAUAUAUUACUCGACUCGGAUGGGCAUGUGCACUUGGCCGAUUUUGUGAGUUUCGCUUUAUCCAAUUGUAUUGUCGGGUUUACCUGGCUAAUAGGAGCUCCAGAAUGUCGCUUCCGACAUUCAUCCGGACCGCCCAUUGUCAAGCAAGUCCGGCACCCUUGCAUAUCUGGCUCCGGAGGUUUAUGGUGGGGGCGGAUAUGGUACUGGUGUUGAUUGGUGGUCAUUGGGUGUUGUAUUUUAUGAGUGCAUUUACGGGAAGGUAGUUUUCCUUUUUCUUGAAUCUUGGGGGAAAGAAUUGGUUGUCGAUGCUAACUGGAUUCCAGCGACCGUUUACUUCAGAUACUCAUGAAACUCUCGGCAAGGAGAUCAUGAGGGCUGCUCCAAAGUACGCUAUCACAAACCCGCCAGUUACCAGAGAUUGCAUGGACGCAGUCCGUAGUCUGCUCCAACCGGAUGUGACCAAGCGGAUAGGGGCAGCUGGCUUCGACACUUUCACAAGCCAUCCCUUCUUUGCGGAUAUCGAUUUCCAUGCGUUAGAGAGGAAGGAGUACGAUCCUGUCUUCAAGCCUUCCAGCGAGAAGACCAAUUUUGACGCCACAUAUGAUCUUGAGGAACUGCUACUGGAGGAGGCGCCAUUAGAGGCUCGAGCUAGAAGGCAGAGACCCCGAGAGAGGUUAAAGGAUGAUGCUACAGCUCAGGAGAUCCGACAAGAAGAAUUGCACAGGAUGAUAGAAACACUCUUUGAACCGUUCGAUUAUACCACAGUUGGAUAUGACAGGUGGGUUCGACCUUUGCGCUUUCUCUGUUCUUAAUCUGACUGUCGGGCACAGUCCAACUGAAGGUGACAGAUAUACUGGGGCAGUGGAUCCUGCUUCUAAAUCCGCCGGUGAACCUCUUGACUGGGUAAGGCCGUCUAUGAAUUCUCCUCGGUCAGAAGUAAUGGGUCAUACAAGUCCUGUUUCAAUUAACGCUACUCAAAAGUCCCAAAAGUCAUUAGUGGGUUCUCCUGCAUCUGGGUCCCCUCCCAUUCCAUCGUGCACGGAUCUUCCGAAAGUGUGUCCACCACCUCGUUCGAUGCCACCGACGGUCUCCUCCACCGAUCGCUCCAAUCUGAGGGAACAGCAGUUGCAGAAACGGCACAGUAUUGGGAAGUUAAGGUCUGGCACGAGGAAUCAGUCUUCGAGUGGUGGUGUUCAAGUGGUUUUGGAUGAGACUGGGUCAUGGUCGGAUCUGGCGGACAAAUCGUCACCAACACCUGCGCGCCUGAAGCCGUCAGGAAUGCUCGGGUUCUUUUCAAAACGGAAAGGUCGGGCGUCCAGUCCAAAGCCCCAAGAGAGGGGUGUGCUCGGCCGUGAGGGGGCUAGGGUUGUCAUUGCGUGACAUUGGGCGGUGCCGGGGAAUGGUUCCGUCAAGAGUACUGUUGAGGCGUGCUCUAUUAAUCUGAUUCUCCUUUUUUCUUCUUUCCCUUCUUUUCUUUUUUUCCCUCUGUUUCAAUGUCUUUAUUUUACCGGUUCUAUUACCCUUUUUUCCUUCCUCUCGUCAUCCAUCCCCUUUGAGGACUUUUACCAUACCACCUUGAGGGGCUGUAAAAUGCAGAGGGGUAUCGGCACUUUGAUGAAUGGUGUAAGUUAGAUGGUACGAUUUGCGCUUUUUUUUUCGUGUUUUUUUUUAUUUCCCCUCAUCAUCUCUCCCCCCCCCUCACAUCUCAUGGCUUUCAUUUUUCUCGUGUUCAUUGUGAUUCACCUCCCAUCACGCCCUUCCUUCUCCUGUCCUUGAAUGCAUCUUAUUUUUUUUAAAAAAAAUAACGGCAUAACUUUCGGGGUACCUUGCAGGGAAAGCAUACAAAAUUUUCUCUUUCCUUCCUUUUCAUCAUUUUUCCCAUUUUUUUCCCAGCGUCUUUCUCCCUUGUUUGUUAUUGUUACCAUCGGUAUGGGAUUCCGGGCUCCACUACGACCGCGCUCGUUACAGGCAAGAAGUAUCCGAUACCAGGGAUUAGAAAAGUAUGCCAGAGAGUCCAUUCAUAUCUGUGCGCCCAUAUAAAUCCAAACCCCGUAUUACCUCUUACCUCCUAUGAUACGAGUAUUAUCUUCUUCCCCCCCCUUCCCCCAGCUAAUUUAGCAGUUACAAUGGUUUAUUUAUUGUGAACAGGUGACGAUUGACGGAAUAUAACCUGAUGCACAAGGUUUCAUUUUUUUGUUCCCCCCUCCCUCCCUCACUCCUUGGGUUUCCUUUCGCUCUAGCGUUCGUGUAGUCGUGCCGAUUAUACUAUGCCAUGUGGGGGCACGAUAAGCGGG